CUACAUUAAAAAAAAUCUAAAAUCUUAUAAAAAUGCAGAAUAACCAGCGCUUAGGUCGGACUGUUGCGAACAAAUAUGAUGUUCAAACUAAAGUAUUGUUUGCCAAGAAUAAGAAAGUUGCAGAGAAUAAUUUAAAUGACAAGUUUCGUUUGGAAUUAAUGAAGAAUAGAAGUUGUUAUUUCAGUCCCGAUACAAAAGACGCGCAACAACUCACUGAUGGUGCAGAGAAACCUGAGCAUCCAAUGCGCUUGCAAUACUCUGCACAGGAACAAACCGACUCCACUCUGCCGCAAGACAUCAAGGACUUGCUAUGGAAAUUGAAGCAUUUGCUUCGUAACGUAUUACCUGAAGGGACACCUUCAAAUCCAUUGAGUGUUUUUCAUAGCGUUUACAAUGAUAUUUAUGAUUUUCCUAAACAUUUAAAACAAUCUACUUUGGAUAGAGAUGCCGAAGUUCUAACGCAAAGACAGUCAAAAACAUAUGUUAGUUCAAAUAAAGUCCACAUCCACAACGAACCUCGAGUAAUAAUAAUAGCUGAAAAGUUUGCCAGAUACAAGAAGGAGAAUAUAGAAAUAAGGAGACUGAAGGAGCGUAUAGUUUGCGUAGAAUACGAUGUGUUUCAGUACGGCAACUGCGCAAAACCUAUGCAGACGUUACGAGCUUAUUUUGCGGUUAGACAAUUUUGCGAGAUUGAAAAAGAGAUUCCAACAAUUCCGUCGUCCGUCAAACGUAAUAACAACAUAACGGAUGAAGAUUUAAAAUACGGCGGCGAAAUCGGUAUAGAAAUAAUCGACGCAAAAAUACCCGAAAACAAAUCUUAUCUCGAAGGUCUUAAAAGGGUUUUGAAACAUCAACAAGCGAAUAGAAUAAGAAAAAACAAAAAUCUAGAUCCAAUGUAUUUGUAUGGGAUGGCCAAACAAGAUGUAGUAAACAAUGAAUAUUGCUGUACUGAACUUACGAAGGCUGAAUUAGAUGAAAUAAAGGAAUUGAUCCUUAAGAAAACAUCAUCGAGCCUUCACGGAAUAACUAGAAAAAAGUUAACAGCAGAAAGAGACACAGACAGACAGAAUGAAAGGAAAAAUAAAAAUACUAUAUUAGAUGAUCUAUCCAGAUUUAUGUGCUAG